AUGACCAACCCCGACGCCGUCAGAGACCAAUUCUACGAGGACCUGCACGCACUCGUGGCGACUAUGCCGAAGGCGGGCAAGUUGAUUGUCCUUGGUGACAUCAACGCCCGCGUCGGCACAGACCAUACUGCCUGGAGAGGAGUGCUGGGUCUCCACGGUCUCCGCGGCUCAAACGACAAUGGUCUGCUGCUUCUCCGCACCUGCGCAGAACACCGCCUUAUCCUGACGAAUACGUUCUUCUGUCUGCCGGAGCGAGAGAAGGCCACCUGGAGGCAUCCUCGGUAGCGCCAGUGGUACCUGCUGGACUAUGUCCUCGUCCGGAGGCAAGAUCAGCGAGACGUGCUGCUGACGAAGGCGAUCGCGGGUGCUGACGGGCGGAACCAUCAUCGCCUCGUCAUCUCGAAGAUGCGUAUUCGCCUACAGCCUCUCAGGAGACCACAAGGUAAGCGACCCCCAGGUAGGCUAAAUGUUGCCUUAUUGUCGUUGCCCGCUCAUCAUUUUCAUUUCAGUAAUGAGCUAGCUCAACGGCUAGACAACCUCACCAUCGCCGAUGCCGCCGCUGCCGAGAACGCCUCCGUGGAGAACCGUUGGUGUCAACUGCGAGACACGGUCCAGUCGACGGCACUCGCCGUCCUCGUUCGCGCUCCCCGCCAACAACAGGACUGGUUCGACGACAACGACGCCGCCAUCAGAAAUCUGCUUGUUGAGGAGAACCGCCUACACAAAGCCUAUGUUGACCACCCCUCUGAGGACAACAAAGCUACCUUCUACCGCUGUCGCCGCCAGCUUCAGCAACGACCGCGCGAGAUGCGGGACGCCUGGACUGCUCGCAAGGCUGAGGAGAUCCAAGGCUACGCGGACCGCAACGAAUGGAAGAAUUUCUUCUCUGCGAUCAAAGCUGUCUACGGUCCGCCGACGAAAGGCAUCGCGCCUAUCCUCAGCGUCCAUGUCAGCACCCCCCUGACGGAGAUUACACAAAUCCCACAGCGAUGGGCCGAGCAUUUUCCAGGCGUCCUCAACCGCCCCUCCGUCAUCUCCGACGCCGCCAUCGCCCGUCUACCGCAAUUGGAGACCAACGUGGACCUCGACCUCCCGCCAUCUCUUCAGGAAACCAUCAGGGCCGUGCAGCAGCUCUCCAACGGGAAAGCACCCGGAUCGGACGCAAUCCCUGCUGAGGUCUACAAGCACGGAGGUCCCCAACUGAUGAAUCACCUGACUGCGCUCUUCCAGGAGAUGUGGCGUCAGGGUGAAGUCCCGCAAGAUUUCAAGGACGCAACAAUCAUGCACCUAUACAAGCGAAAAGGAAAUCGCCAAAUCUGUGACAAUAACCGCGGCACAUCCUUGCUGGACAUCGCCGGGAUGAUCUUCGCUCGCAUCCUUCGCAACCGCAUAGAUAACCACCUGGAACAGGGCCUUCUGCCGGAAAGCCAAUGCGGCUUCCGUCGUCAUCUGGGGACCACGGAUAUGAUCUUCGCCGCCCGCCAACUUCAAGAGAAGUGUCAGGAGAUGCGGACUCACCUGUACUCUACAUUCCUGGACCUGACGAAAGCCUUCGACACGGUGAAUCGUGAAGGAUUGUGGAAGAUCAUGCAGGAAUUCGGCUGUCCGGAGCGACUCAUUCAGAUGGUGCGUCAGCUGCACGACGGUAUGAUGGCGCGAGUCACGGACAACGGAGCUGUCUCAGAGACAUUCACAGUGACCAGCGGAGUGAAGCAGGGAUGCGUGCUGGCGCCAACCCACUUCAUAAGGCGUUUCGCAAGGACGAGCCAUCCUCUAUGA